AUGUUCCUGCGGGCGAGUCAAGACUGGAUGGUGCAUCAAGGUUUCAACGACUUCAUGGCCCUACCCUUCGCCAAUGUCCUGAAAUCUCCCUUCGUCCACAGCGCUGUGGCUGCGCUAGGCGCCUACAGCCGGCAGACCCGUGAGGCGUGUCCUGCUCUUCGUGGACCCCCGGGCGUAAAGAGCGACUGGGAGGCGAAGCAGUUCGGACAUCUCUGGUGCUUCAUGACAGAAGGAUCUUCACCUAUGGUCAUGAAAGUGCAGGGCAACAAUCUUGCAUCGCCUUGGUGUGGGGUGCAGGUGGGCUACCAGGGCUGGUUCAGCGAGUGGCAUGUUCCAUGUCUGAACACGCUCGGACCCUGGCUCCAUGAGCUCGUGCGUGUGCAGUGCAACAUGCACCCGGGUGACUUUCAAACACAGAGUAGGAUCCUCGUCCGCGAGGGUCGGGACCUGAAGAGUUCCCCCUGCGCUGAGCGCUUGGCCAGCGGCUCUCUGGUGGAGGUAAGUUUGGCAUCCGGCAAGACUUUACUGGCCAGGGUCGAGGAAGCGCCAUGGCCGCUGAAGCUGAGCGGCAAACGUGACGUGUUCGCUGGCAGUGUGAAUCUCGUGGCGCCCAGCAAGCACGAAUUCAUCGGCAAGGCACAAAUUUUCGUCGGCAAGGAACAAAUCUUCGUGGGCAGGGACGGACGCCGACAUUUGCAGAACUACGGUGCUGCAUGGUUGAACCUUUACUGCUUGUGGCGCAUAUGGGGGCUGAACGCCAUUUACCAUCGCUUGCUGGGGAUUCUUGAUGCAGCAUGGCGAAGUGCCCAGCUUGUGCUACUUGAAGGGCUAGGCUCAAUGGAUGUCCACACGCUUCUCGAGCCGGAGGAGACUGAGGAGGUGCGGAACAUGUUCGGUGGCCCAGUCUGCGAGACAACAGGCAAAACUGCCUUCUACCUCGGUAGAUUCCUGAGCUGGUACUCUAGCGGACGGAAAAAGGCUGAUUUGCAGAUCGGGAGAACAUCUUUUGCCUUCCUUCGCCCAAGUGACAAUGUCACGGAACCGCGGGGUUCCGGUGAGUACAAUACCUUCUUUCCGAAGAUGGGCCACUUUCAAUGCGCCGGCUGCAGCACGCCGCUGUACUCCCCGGAGUCGAAGAUCAAGGCACAUUGUGGAUGGCCAGCUUUCUCGAAGUGCUACACGCUGCAGGACGCAGCAGGGCUUGCAUCCGUUGUGGCCCAGGUUGACUGGUCAGCUGGUGGCCGCGAGAUCCUUUGCCGCAACUGCGGGGGCCACCUCGGCCAUGUGUUCAUGGAUGGCGCCUCCCUCGGAGGUGACACUCCGGAGAGGCACUGCGUCAACUCCCUGUCGGUGGCCUGGGUGGAAGAGCCCAAGGCUCUCCAAGAGGUCCUGUGCGACAUGCGCACCUUCGACCGCCAGCUGAGAGAUCACAGCUACAGCGGCACAUACUCGGGUGAGCCUCUGGCACCGGCCUCGCCGUACACUGGCUUCGUCCGCCGUGCCUCCGACGAGCAGGCAACGCGUGUCCUCCAACCGCUUUGGCAAGCUGCAGAGGAGGCACUUAGCCAGCGGAGGCCAACGCGCCGGCUGGCCGUGGCCACGCACGCGUAUUUCUCCCAGCAGACUGUGGCUUGCGCCGAGGCAGAGGCCACGGCCUCGUUGGCUGCUGCCUGGAUCGGGCAAUUGCCUCACAUGUUUGCCGUGAGCCGAGCUCAGGAUUCUCUGAAGGAUCUGAGCUUUUUGCAGGCCACCUACACCCGGUGGCCGGUUUGGGAUCUGAUGAUGCAGAUGGCUGCUCGACCGACGCCAGGCCUUACUGACGGUCUUCAGCCGAGCUCUUGCAUCUCCCUGGAGCCGUGCCGCCGCACUGUGACGUUCUACAGGAGGCUCCGCAUGCAGCUGGGCUCAGAGCUUCUCGAGUGUCCAGAAGCUUCCGACGCCUUGGCCCUGUCCUACCGCCAUGGGCUCUUACGGCUCAAGAGCAACUACUCGGAAUUGAUCCAGCUGCGAGGGAAAAACCUUCCGGAGUUGCUUCUGUUGGACAUCACCCGCGUCCUGCAGCGCAUGGGCGCCGAGGACAUGGAAAACUCGCACGCCUGGGUCAGCAAGUAUGUGGUGCAGCGUGCGGUGAGCGUUGAGGAGCUGCCGGUGCGGUUGGGCUGGGAGGGGAUGCGCAUCUCCAGCCCAAUCCACCGCUUUGGGGACGUCCACAUCGAACCGCAGCGUCUCGGACCCCGCAAGAGGGCGCGGCGAAGUCGCUUGCCCUUCGGGUUCUCGGAUCGCCGUGCUUCGGUGUAUAUCCUGAUUGUCGAGAGCGCAUCGCGAACUGCUUUCGAGGCCUUCUGCCCCAAGACGAUGGCUUUUCUUCGACGGCAAAGCCGUCUGGAGCGACCAGUACGUGCUGACAAGGAGAGCCCAAACAGCCGGAAGUGGCGAGUCGUUGACCUGGCGCUUUUCCAUGCCUUGUAUGGCGGCACGGUAGCCAACAUGGUACCUGCGCUUACAGGCUUUUCGUUCGACAUGGCCAAAGACUCCGAGCGGAGGGCCGGCUGGAGGUGUGAAACGGUUCUGGAGGGGAUUCCGGAGGGACGGCUUCUCUGGAACAUCGCGAAGAAGCAUGGUUACAAGACGCUGUUUGGCGCCACCGGCUGCAAUGGUUUUCUUGGCACCCGGUACUGCCGCAAGUGGCUUGGCCAGUUCGACCGUGUCGUCCCCAGCCUGGAGAUCGAUCCGAACUGCCAUUCUCAACACGAAUGGCGGGCCAUGAUGCUGGAAAGGAAAGGGAAGCGCGGCUGCAUCGGAGGGAAGCGUCCGAGUGAACAUUUGCUGGACUAUUUCCUCCGUUUCCAGGAGAUCCAUUCCGAUGGUCCUGUUUUUGCCUACCUGCACCUCGAGGCUUCCCACGAAUCUCAGCACGCGCUGCAGCUGCUCGACGAGGCAUUGGCGGCGCACCUCGAGGGCCUCAGCAGGCUCCCACCCGAGGCUCGGCCUCUUCUCGUCUUAGCUGGGGACCACGGUCCGCCCAACGAGUGUGAUGAGAAGUCGCCUUUGGUCUCCUUUCUGGUGCCAGAAGCGCGCCUGCCAGACGUGGGUUGCGGAGGCCUGCUAGCGAACUGCGGGUUGCCUCAUCUCCAGAGCAACGUCACCGGGACCCUGAGACGAGCAGCCGAGGAGAAUGCCAGGCUCUGGAGGCGGCACAUGUGGAACCUGGAGCAGAACCGCUUCGUGAUCUCCUCCUGGUAUGAUGUGUACGCAACCCUGCGGCAUAUCAUCUCGGGGAAGGAUCCUGGAGGUGCUGCUCAAAACGAGCUGCAAUGGGAUGCUCCGGACCACCGGGCCCGAUCCCUCCUCUCCAAGCUGCCUCGGCGAAGGACCUGCACCCAAGCCGGUGUGCCAGAGUGGCAUUGCGGCUGCGCAAGAACCUGGGUAGGUUACUGCCCACUCUCGAAGCGCGGGCAAUGGGCUAUCGCCGUCAGAGCCCUCGAAGAGGUGAACCAGCUCGUGGAGGCUGCUGGCCCCAAGUUUCGGGUGGAUUCGAGCGUAUGCCGGCCCAUGCAGCUCGAGCAGCUGCUGAACUGUGAGAUGCAUCUGCCCAGCUACCAGCGGAUUCAGCACAACCUUCAAGGGAAGGGCAAGGAAGAUCGGACUAUCAUCCGCCUUCGAAUGCUCACCACGCACGGCAUGGAGUUUGAGUUCUACGUCUACAUGCGCUUCAAGUCCUUGUCUGGCAAUCUGCAGGAUGUGGAAGGAUACGUGGACGAGUUCCUGAAGCUCUUCCCCAGGUCCCGCUACCGGCCCAACGAGCAUUGCACACCAACAAACCUCGACCCGGCCUUCUGUGCCUGCGGGGACGAGGCCGAGUUGCGGAAGCGACCAGCUAUUGAUGAGGACUUGCCGACAUGA